AUGACUGAAUCAGCUCAAACACGUGCCCAAACCGCCAUGAAGGAAGCUCUUCUUCAAGACAUCGAAUCAAGUUUCGGACCACGAUUCGAUGAAGUUUUCCAACAUAACCAAGACCUAGAAGCUAGGAUGGACAAGAAACUCAAUAAGUUGGAAACAGACCUCUCGGAUAUGUUUGCUGUUAUUCGCAAAAUCUCCGAAACUCGCGAUUCAUCCUCCACCCCACCUUCCGUCACCAAAAACAACCCUCCGUUACUCCCAACCCCAACUAUUCCUCAUGACCCUAAUCGUGGCCGCCACUCUUCUCCGCACAACUACUCCGGCAUGACCAGACUUGCCAAGCUAGACUUUCCUCGGUUUAACGGUGACAAACUUAAAGAAUGGCUGUUCAAAGUUGAACAAUUCUUCUCCAUUGACAACACACCCGAUGAUUUACGAGUCGGCAUCGCUUCCAUCCACUUCGACGGUCUUGCCUCGGCUUGGCAUCAAUCCCUCGUUCAAUCGGACAUGCAACCGUCAACACUCCUUGAUUGGUCGUCCUAUAAGCUUCUUUUAUAUGAAAGAUUUGAUGAUCUUUUAGAUGACCCUGUUGCAGAGCUGAAAAACUUACAAGAAACAGAUGGUAUUGUUGAAUACCAUGGCAGAUUUGAACUUCUACGUACACGUGUGAACUUCUCGGAGACUAUUUGGUUCGCCACUACCUAG